AUGCAACCCGAGGAUCUGCAUACCCCUUCUACUGGGCAUGGGGAUGACGGCGCCCCGACUGACUACAUGCAGCCCCUAGACCCUGAAGCUUUUCCGGAGAUGGAACCUCAGGUACCUGAGCCUGGUUACGAGGGGCUAGAUGAGUAUAGUGAUGCCGAUGGGGAAGCGGGACAAGGAGUGGACCUUAUCUCCCGGGAAGAGUUCGAUGCUGCUCAGGCUGAGGCACGUGAGCUGCGCCGCCGCCUUAUGGAAGCUGAAAAUGAGAACCGUUGCCUGUUGCACGGUGUUGCUAACCAUACCAGCGAAGACGCUCCGGACGAAGCGAGCAAUCCUGGCAACUUCUCAGGUGAUGCUGAUGCUCACGGUAUGGGAGCGGCUGGUCCUAAUGCUGCAGCGGCUGCAAGUGGUGCUGCAGCGGCUGGAAGUGGUGCUGCAGCGGCUGGUCCGAGCGCGCCUACUCCUAAUGGCGACGGCCCACAGCCGGGGAACUAUUUUGGACUUGCAGCAACUGUCGAGCAUGUAGCGGACGUGGGCGCAUCGGGGGCCGCGACUCGAGCUGUGGAGAUCCUUUACUUCAAAACUUCGGAUGUGGACCUGGAGUAUUGGACGACGCGUGACACCAACAUCACCGCCCUUUGCACGGCUCUAAACAUCACAGAUCCUGAGGGAGUGGCUAACCUGCGCCUGGCAGCCCGGUGCACUGCUGUGGGCGUGGGAUGCAAGGCGGCGUGCCUUUAG